AUGCACUGUGACAGAAACUCUGGGCUCAUUGCUGGUGCUGUGAUUGGUGCAUUUCUGGCCUUAUUAGGAGGUAUUCUAAUGCCAGUUGGAGACAUGCUUAUUCAGAAGACAAUUAAAAAGGAAGCUGUCCUUGAAGAAGGUACAAUUGCUUUUAAAAAUUGGGUUAAAACAGGCACAGAAGUUUACAGACAGUUUUGGAUCUUUGAUGUGCAGAAUCCAGAGGAAGUAGCAAUUAAUAGCAGCGUAAUUAAAGUUAAGCAAAGAGGUCCUUACACGUACAGAGUUCGUUAUCUAGCCAAGGAAAAUAUAACCCAGGACCCUGAGACCCACACAGUCUCUUUCCUACAGCCCAAUGGUGCCAUCUUUGAAUCCUCGCUAUCAGUUGGAAUAGAGAAAGACACCUUCACUGUUCUCAAUCUGGCUGUGGCAUCUCUCUUCCAGGAUUCCCCCUUUCCCUGCCAUGCUGGUCAUGGCAGAGUGGCACCCAACAAGGGGCUGGAAGAGAAGGUCUGCCACAAGCAGAGAAAAAAUGAAGGUCUGCCACAAGCAGGAAAAGGUAAAACUACAGGCGGCAGAAAUGGUAGCCUUGCACUCAAGGGAGUCAUGACCAUGAGUGGGCAAACAGAAAAUUUAAACCAGGAUAACAAGGGGGAGAAUAAAUCAUAG